AUGCGAACAUACGGCAGCCGGCAGCAGAGAGCGCGCGGAGCCAGCCUCGCCAAGAUGGCGGCCGUGGCACGCGCGCACAUGCGCAGGUUGCCUCCCCUGGGAUGCGAAAAGUCCCUAAGUGUAACUGGGAAAGAAGAAGAGCCACUAAGUGAAGCUGAGGAAGAAGAAGAGCCACUAAGUGACGCUGGGAAAGAAGAAGAGCCACUAAGUGACGCUGGGAAAGAAGAAGAGCCACUAAGUGACGCUGGGAAAGAAGAAGAGUCACUAAGUGACGCUGGGAAAGAAGAAGAGCCACUAAGUGACGCUGGGAAAGAAGAAGAGCCACUAAGUGACGCUGGGAAAGAAGAAGAGUCACUAAGUGACGCUGGGAAAGAAGAAGAGUCACUAAGUGACUUUGGGAAAGAAGAAGAGCCACUAAGUGACGCUGUAAAAGAAGAAAAGUCCCUAAGUGUCACUGGGAAAGAAGAAGAGCCACUAAGUGAAGCUGAGGAAGAAGAAGAGCCACUAAGUGACGCUGGGAAAGAAGAAGAGCCACUAAGUGACGCUGGGAAAGAAGAAGAGCCACUAAGUGACGCUGGGAAAGAAGAAGAGUCACUAAGUGACUUUGGGAAAGAAGAAGAGCCACUAAGUGACGCUGUAAAAGAAGAAAAGUCCCUAAGUGUCACUGGGAAAGAAGAAGAGCCACUAAGUGAAGCUGAGGAAGAAGAAGAGCCACUAAGUGACGCUGGGAAAGAAGAAGAGCCACUAAGUGACGCUGGGAAAGAAGAAGAGCCACUAAGUGACGCUGGGAAAGAAGAAGAGUCACUAAGUGACGCUGGGAAAGAAGAAGAGUCACUAAGUGACUUUGGGAAAGAAGAAGAGCCACUAAGUGACGCUGGGAAACAAGAAGAGCCACUAACUAAGUGA